CCGGCAGCAUCACUAAACCCAAAAACAAAAACAAAGGCAGCAUCAGCAACAACAACACCAACAGCAACAGCAACAACAACAGCAGCGAUGUCACCGUUACAACGGAACACUUACAAAUAAGCAAUAGGUUAGAGCAAGAGGGCACGAGAGAGCGCCAGGAGAGAGCAGUGAAAGCGAAAAAGAGAGCGAGCGCAAGUAAGGUCUGGGAAAAAUGGCCAACGCCUUGCGUGGGUGCAGCCAAAAGGACAAGCAGUCGAUGGGGGAAAACUAAAGGACCAGCAUUACACAGCGAGCGAGAGAGUGAGAGAGGGAGAGUGAUAGAGAGCGAGCGAGAAAUAUAGAGAAUCGUAAUCCUUGCAGCUGCAAAGCAGAUAAAAUCACGUAUCCGCCAUGGAGCCGGUGAUGAGUUUGGCAUUGGCCGCCCACGGACCGCCCAGCAUACUGGAGCCGCUGUUUAAAACCGUAACCACGAGCACAACGACCACCACGACCACGACGACGAGCACGACGACGACGACGAGUAGUCCUGUGGCGGGAUAUUCGCCAGGAUAUUCGGGCGGGGGCACCACCCUCCUGACGGCCCUGCUCGAGAAUCUCACCUCGACUGCGGCCAGUGGGCUAUACGAUCCCUAUUCCGGGUUGUAUGGAAAUCAGACAAACGGAACCAUGGGCUUUGAGACGAAGGGACCGCGGUACUCCUUGGCAUCCAUGGUGGUCAUGGGCUUCGUGGCGGCGAUUCUGAGCACGGUGACGGUGGCGGGCAAUGUGAUGGUGAUGAUAUCCUUCAAGAUCGACAAGCAGCUGCAGACGAUCAGCAACUACUUCCUGUUCUCGCUGGCCAUCGCGGACUUUGCCAUCGGUGCGAUAUCGAUGCCGCUGUUUGCGGUGACCACCAUACUGGGCUACUGGCCCCUGGGUCCCAUUGUCUGCGACACCUGGCUGGCCCUGGACUAUCUGGCCUCGAAUGCCUCGGUUCUCAACCUGCUGAUCAUCAGUUUCGAUCGCUACUUCAGUGUCACACGACCGCUGACAUAUCGCGCCAAGAGGACGACCAAUCGGGCGGCCGUGAUGAUUGGCGCCGCCUGGGGCGUUAGCUUGCUCCUUUGGCCGCCCUGGAUCUACAGUUGGCCCUACAUCGAGGGCAAGCGGACGGUGCCCAAGGACGAGUGCUACAUCCAGUUCAUCGAGACCAACCAGUACAUCACCUUCGGCACGGCACUGGCCGCCUUCUACUUCCCGGUCACCAUCAUGUGCUUCCUCUACUGGCGCAUCUGGCGCGAGACGAAAAAGCGGCAGAAGGAUCUGCCCAAUCUGCAGGCGGGCAAGAAGGACUCCAGCAAGAGGUCGAACAGCAGUGACGAGAACACGGUGGUGAACCACGCGUCCGGAGGCUUGCUGAACUUUGCCCAAAUGGGCGGCAAUGAUCACGACACCUGGCGAAGACCGCGCUCCGAGAGUUCAGCGGAUGCGGAGAGUGUCUACAUGACCAACAUGGUCAUCGAUUCCGGCUACCAUGGGAUGCACUCGCGCAAGUCAAGCAUCAAAAGCACGAAUACAAUCAAAAAAUCGUACACCUGCUUCGGCAGCGUGAAGGAGUGGUGCAUCGCGUGGUGGCACUCCGGUCGCGAGGACUCCGACGAUUUCGCCUACGAACAGGAGGAGCCUUCUGAUUUAGGGUAUGCAACACCAGUAACAAUUGAAACUCCUUUACAAAGCUCCGUCUCCAGAUGCACCUCGAUGAACGUGAUGCGGGACAACUACUCGAUGGGCGGCAGUGUGAGCGGCGUGCGUCCGCCCAGCAUUCUUCUGUCGGAUGUCUCGCCCACGCCCCUGCCACGCCCACCGCUCGCCUCCAUUUCGCAGCUGCAGGAAAUGAGUGCGGUUACCGGGAAUGGCAGUGCGAAUCCAUCGGCGAAUGCGAAUGCCAGCAGCAAUGGCGCCAUCAACAACAACAACAACAGCAGCAAUCACAAUGGCAACGGCACGGUAAACGGAAGUGGUGGUAAUGGCGGCGCCGGAAACGGAAGUGGAAGUGGAGCAGCCGGAAAUGCACGCACACUGCCCGUGAUCAAUCGCAUUAACUCACGGUCGGUGAGCCAGGAUUCGGUGUACACGAUACUCAUCCGCCUGCCAUCCGAUGGGGCAUCCAGUAAUGCGGCCAAUGGGGGAGGAGGAGGUGCUAAUGCAGCGGGAGGAGGAGGAGCAGCUGGAGGAGGAGCCGCUUCGACAACCUUGAGCCUGCAAGGCGACUGUGCGCCCUCCAUCAAGAUGAUACACGAGGAUGGGCCAACAACGACGACGGCAGCUGCAACACCUUCGGUGGCCACCCGGCGACCUUUGCCCUCGCGCGACUCCGAGUUCAGCCUGCCACUCGGCCGGCGGAUGUCGCAUGCCCAGCACGAUGCCAGGCUACUCAACGCCAAGGUCAUACCCAAGCAGCUGGGCGGAAAGGGCGGGGCCGGGGCAGUGGGUGGCGGCGUGGGCGGGGCCCAUGCCCUGAUGAACGCCCGCAAUGCGGCCAAGAAGAAAAAGAAAUCGCAGGAGAAGCGGCAGGAGUCGAAGGCGGCCAAGACGCUGUCGGCCAUCCUGCUGAGCUUCAUCAUCACGUGGACGCCGUACAACAUCCUGGUGCUCAUCAAGCCACUCACCACCUGCUCCGACUGCAUUCCCGCGGAGCUGUGGGACUUCUUCUACGCCCUGUGCUACAUCAACUCGACGAUCAACCCGAUGUGCUAUGCCCUGUGCAACGCCACCUUCCGGCGGACCUACGUCCGCAUCCUCACCUGCAAGUGGCACACCCGCAAUCGCGAGGGCAUGGUGCGCGGCGUCUACAAUUAGAUAAUUCGUAUUUAAUCAACCCACUAAGAAAAGAAGAGAA